UAAGAUUGCAGAAGAAGUAGCACCUUUAACAAUCAUUUCACAUCAGCAUUUCAUAUUUGGAGGGCUCUGGAAGAAAUAAACACAUUUCACAAUGGAAAGAAGUCCAGGGUUUUUAUUAUUUUUKGCUUUUUUGGUUGCAGUGAAACUGUGUUUGACAUCACAAGUCCAAAAUGAGGUGAAGAAGCAAUGUGAUCAAAAGCUGCUCAUUAGGAUGAAAACCAAAUGUGUGCCUUGCUCCUUAAACCUCGACACCCCAUGUCCUGCUGGUUACAGCAAAAUUACCAACGGGACUGGGAUCCCAGACUGCAGGUAUUACCUGGAAAUCAAAACACACACGCUUUCCUUCCCGGGCUGUCGGCAUCGCUGCGUGAAGGAAUUUGAACAACCCGAGUGCUGCCAGGGCCACUGGGGCCCAGACUGCUUGGCGUGUCCAGGAGGAGCUGYGUCACCGUGCAAUGGGAGAGGACGCUGCUCGCAGGGAAUCACCGGCGAUGGAACGUGCACUUGCCAGAAAGGGUUCGGUGGGACAGCCUGUGAGAAGUGUGCUGAAGACAAUUUAUUCGGUCCUGACUGCACAUCAGUUUGUGACUGUGUUCACGGCGUGUGCAGCAGCGGAGUUACCGGGGACGGAAGAUGUUCCUGCUUGUCUGGAUACAAAGGGCCACGCUGUGACCAGGCCACAGCAGAGUGCCAGGCGCUGCGCUGCCCAGUGAACUCCAGAUGUGCUGCCUCAGGUGAGGAUGGGACCCAGCUGCAAUGCAGAUGUGUGCCCGGCUUCCACGGGGACGGGACACGGUGUGAACCUAUCAACCCCUGCUCCGAAAAGGUCUGCGAUCCUAACGCAAUCUGCAUUUACCUCGGGCCAAAUCAGCACCAAUGCAGUUGUCAAGAAGGUUACACAGGGGAUGGUCAAGUCUGCUUGCCCAUAGACCCUUGUCAAACAGCCCAUGGGAACUGCCCUGCACAGUCCAGCACCUGCAUCUACGACGGCCCAGGAAAGUCCCACUGCGAAUGCAAGGAGCAUUACACCAACUUUGUACCUGGGAAAGGCUGCAGCAUGCUGGACAUCUGUAAAACCAACAACWCCUGCCACAAAAGAGCUCAGUGCUUGACAGUGGCACCCGGCCAGAUCACGUGCAGGUGCCAGGAGGGCUCUGUGGGGAAUGGGUUUGUGUGUUUUGGGAGCAUCGUGGAGCGCCUGCGAGAGCUGAACGCCGCAGCGGGGGCACGCUGGCAGGGCAGGCUGAGCUCCAGCCUGCUGCUCAUGGAAAAUACCUACGAAUGGCCACUGAGCACUCUGGGACCAUUUACUGUGCUUGUGCCAACCAACAGGGGACUCAAAGGUACUAAUAUAAAGGAUCUUCUGAAAAAUAAGCAAAAAGCCCAGUACUUUGUGAAACUCCACGUUAUUGCAGGUCAGCUGAACACCAGUAGCUUGAAUAACACUGAUGUGAUUUAUACUUUGACUGGCAAGGCAGCAGAGAUGUCAAAGGGAGAAAAGGAYAAUCAGUUAAGGAUUAGAAUCCAAGGAGGAAAAGGGAAAGGAAAAAUUUUGCAGGGAAAUAUCGUGGCUUCCAAUGGAAUUCUGCACAUUAUUGACAGAGCCAUGGAUAACACGGAGCCAACGUUCAAAAGCAGCAAAGAGGAAACGAUAAUGUCGGUGCUUCAAGCUAAUGGAAGAUACAGCCAAUUUACAUCUUUGAUAGAGAAAACUGGCCUAGGAGUAGAUUUACAGCAGGACAACCGGCCUUACACAAUUUUUGUUCCAAGUAACGAGGCUUUGAGGAAUAUGCAGCCUGAGGCUCUGGAUUACCUGCUGUCUGCAGAGGGCUCCUGGAAGCUGCUGGAGCUGCUCCGACACCACAUUGUGUCCAACACCGAGCUGGAGAUUGCCAGCCUGGUGUCAAUAGAGCACAUCAGGAGCAUGGCAGAGCAGUUCAUCCACUUCAACAGGACCAGUUCUGGACAAGUCUUGGUGAGUGGAGAAAAAAUGGAAGAGGCAGAUAUUGUUGCGAAAAAUGGUCGAAUUUACACCCUGGAGGGCGUUCUCAUCCCACCCACCAUUGUUCCCAUCCUCCCACACCGSUGUGAUGAGACAAGAAAUCAAGGCACAAAGGAACCAAAGUGUUGUAAAGGCUUCUUUGGCCCCGACUGCAGACCGUGUCCAGGAGGUUUCUCCAAACCCUGCUCAGGAAACGGGCAGUGCAUGGAUGGCCUGGAUGGGAACGGCACUUGUGUUUGCUCCGGGGCGUUCCGAGGCUCUCACUGCCAGCUCUGCUCAGACCCUGGCAAAUACGGACCUGGGUGUGACAGGGGUGACUGUGUUUGCAAACCUGGCUAUGAGGGAGAUGGCUUCAGCUGCAGCAGGGUGGAUCCUUGUGCUGCUCUAAACCCUGGUGGCUGCAGUGUCAAUGCUGAGUGUGUCCAUUSGGGCCCGGGGGAGCCCAGGUGUGUUUGCCAGGCAGGAUGGACGGGCGAUGGAAGGGACUGCUGGCCCAUCGACAACUGCCAGCUGCCCGCCGCCACCGGGUGCCACCGCAAUGCCACCUGCGUGUACAUCGGGCCAGGCCAGAAUGAAUGUAAGUGCAAGGAUGGAUUCCARGGGGAUGGAAUUGAAUGCACACCCAUAAACUCGUGCCUGGAACAAAAUGGAAAAUGCCAUCAUCUGGCAACUUGUGAGUUUGAGCCUGCUGGUGGCUGGGAGUGCGUGUGCCCCCCGGGAUAUGAAGGGGACGGCAGGACCUGCUAUGGGAACGCUGCAGAUGAGCUGUCCACUCUGUCAGAAGCAGCUGCAUUUAACCAGUGGGUUAAGGAGGCCAAGAUAAACUCGGUGCUGUCCACUGCCUCAAACCUGACUGUCCUCGUGCCUUCUCUGCAAGCAGUUGAGGACAUGGAUGAGGAUGAGAGAGCCUUUUGGAUGUCAGAAAGUAACAUUCCAACUCUCCUGAAGUAUCACGUACUGACAGGAGCUUACAGCUUUGCUGAUCUCCAGAAUUUAUCAUCCUCUGACGUGCUGCCAACAUCGCURCAGAGCAAAUUCCUACAUUUGUCUAAAGAAAACGGGAACCUGACCCUCGAGGGCGCCCACUUUGUGACCAGCGACAUCGCCUCCACCAACGGGGUCAUCCACGUUAUUGAUAAGGUGCUGACCCCGCUGCGCAGCGCUGUCCUACCGAGGCUGCUGGAGCGCCUGGAGCAAAUGCCCGACUACUCCAUCUUCAGGGGUUACAUUAUUCAAUACAACCUGGCAGAUGAAAUAGAAGCAGCAAACACAUACACAGUCUUUGCCCCAAGCAAUGAUGCCAUAGAAAAUUACCUAAGGGAGAAGAAAUCUGCUUCUCUGGAUGAAGGUCAAAUCCGCUACCACGUGGUGCUGGGCGAGAAGCUGCUCAAGAAUGACCUGCACAAUGGCAUGCACAGGGAGACCCUGCUGGGCUUCUCCUACCAGAUUGGCUUCUUCCAACACAACAGCCAGCUCUACGUGAACGAUGCUCCCCUGAGCUAUGCCAACRUUGCAACGGACAAAGGAAUUAUCCAUGGGCUGGGAAAGGUCCUGGAAAUCCAGAGGAACAGAUGUGACAUCAAUAACACCGUGAUCAUUGAAAAGUGCAGAAUUUGUUCACAGCCAUCAAGYUGUCCCCCAGGAACAAAAGAAAUUCCAGGGGAGAAGAAAUACUGUGUGCUCACGGAAAACCACAUGAGGCAGUACACCAUCCAGAUCGGGUGCCAGCCCAAAUGUGCCAAAACCAUCAUUAGCAGGCAGUGCUGCGCGGGUUUCUUCRGCCAGCAGUGCCAGCCGUGCCCGGGAAAGGCUGGGAAUGCCUGUUUUGGSAACGGGAUCUGCCUGGAUGGCAUCAAUGGCACGGGCAGCUGCCAGUGCCACCAGGGCUUCCAGGGCACCGCCUGCGAGAGCUGCAGUGAGGGCAGAUAUGGACCYGGCUGUGACCAAGUGUGCACUUGUGUCCAUGGGAAAUGCAGCAGUGGCAUCGACGGGGACGGCUCCUGUGAGUGUGACCCUGGCUGGAGAGGAGUGACCUGUGACACUGAAAUCAAAGAUGAUGCAUGUAAUACCUCGUGCCACACCAGCGCCAAUUGCCUUCUCCUGUCAAAUGGCACUGCCUAUUGCAAGUGUGCAGCUGGAUUCGAGGGGAACGGGACAUUCUGCACAGCCAUCAAUGCCUGUGAGAGCAGCAACGGGGGCUGCUCUGCCAAGGCCGAGUGCAGGAGAACGGCACCGGGGAGCAGAACCUGCGUGUGCAGCCCUGGAUACACCGGGGACGGGAUCGUCUGCCUGGAAAUCAACCCUUGCCUGGUGAACAAUGGUGGAUGUGAUAGAAAUGCAGAAUGCACGCAGAUUGGACCCAAUCAAGCAGCGUGUAACUGCCUGAAGGGAUAUUCUGGAGAUGGCAGGACAUGCACAUACAUCAGCCUGUGCUCACAAAAUAACGGAGGCUGCAGUGAAUUUGCCAUCUGYAACGACACUGAGCUGACAGAAAGGACCUGCACCUGCAAACCCAACUACAUUGGGGAUGGGUUUCAGUGCCGAGGCAACAUCUUCCAGGAACUUCUCAGGAACUCCAACACAUCUAGGUUUUAUUUCCACUUAGAGGCUUUGUCUAUCAGGGACAUCGCUGGCCCUGGUCCUUUCACCCUGUUUGUUCCCAGCACGGACAUCCUGAACAGCGAUCCCCGGGUCAAGGACUGGGUGGCCAAGGGACUGAUGGCCCAAGUGCUCCGGUACCACAUGGUGGCCUGUGCCACCCUGCUCUACAGGGACCUGGCRGCUGUCACCAAUGUCACCUCCCUGCAGGGGGACCUGAUCCACCUCAGCUACUCCCAGAACUCGGUGGUUUUGAACAACAAAGCUGAAAUUAUACUCAGCGAUGCUGUUGGCACAAAUGGUGUGAUCCAUGUCAUAAACCAGAUUCUGGUGCCAYCACACAUGCAGGAUUUCCCCCUCAAGAAGGAAAGUCUUAAGAUGGUUGCAGCCAAACACGGGUACGUUCUGUUCAGCACUUUGCUCGAGAAGAACAACCUGCUGGGGCUGAUCAACGACCCCAUCCACAAACCCGUCACGCUCUUCUGGCCCACGGACACGGCCAUCCGUGGGCUGCCCCAGGAGCAGCAGGAUUUCCUCUUCAGGAAGUCCAACAGUGCCAAGCUGGUGCAGUACCUCAAAUUCCACAUCAUCCGCGACGCCGCGGUGUUGGCCUACCAGCUCCCCAGCUCCACCUCCCUGAAGACCCUGCAGGGCUCCAACCUCAGYGUGAGCUGCGGGGACAACGGGGACRUUGGAGCCCUUUUCCUCAACGAUGGACGGUGCAAGGUGGUGCAGAGGCAGCUGGAAUUCGACGGGGGCAUCGCCUACGGGAUCAACUGCCUGCUGCCAGAGCCCAGCCUGGGGGGACGCUGCGACAGCUUCCUCACCAUGGACUUCAUGGGCCACUGUGCUAGCUGUUUCAGCAAAUCUAAAUGCCCUCCAGGGACAAAACCGAAGGAAGGAAUCCAGUGGUGCACCUACGAGUCCUACGGGCUGCGGAGGGACGGCUGCCGCAGGAACUGCUCCAUGGCCAUCCAGGUGGCCAAAUGCUGCAGGGGCUACUUCGGGCCAGACUGCCAAGCUUGCCCAGGGGGUGCAGAGAGCCCCUGCAAUGGGCACGGCUCCUGUGACGAUGGCUACUCGGGGACUGGCCAGUGCCACUGCCAGGGUGGCUUCACCGGCAGCGCCUGCGAGCUCUGCCAGCCGGGCAGAUACGGCUUCUCCUGCAGGGCUUGUGAGUGCCAGAACAAGGGGCAGUGUGACGAAGGAGCCUCGGGGACGGGACGGUGUUUCUGUGCCACGGGAUGGACGGGCCGGCGCUGUGAAACCAAGCUGGCUCUGCCACCCGUGUGCUCCCCGAGCUGCUCGGUCCAUGCCGUGUGCACCCAGAACAACACGUGCCAGUGCAAACCGCUCUACGAUGGGGACGGUGUCACCUGCACAGCUGCAGACCUGUGCAAACAGAGCAAUGGUGGGUGCCACAAGGAGGCCGAUUGCAGCCAGGUUGGGGUGAAAAUCUUCUGCAGCUGCCACAGGGGCUACAAAGGAGAUGGUUUCAGUUGCCUCCCVAUCAACCCUUGUGCCGAUGGCUUCAACGGGGGCUGCCACGAGCACGCUGUCUGCAUUGUCAUCGGCCCCGACAAACGCAGGUGUGAAUGCAAGAACAAUUUUAUUGGGGAUGGGAUGAACUGCUCGGCGCUGCAGCUGCCCCUGGACCGCUGCCUGCAGGACAACGGGCAGUGCCACCCCGAUGCUGACUGCACUGAUCUGCAUUUCCAAGACUCCACGCUGGGGGUGUUCCACCUGCGCUCGCCGCUGGGCCAGUACAGGAUGAGCUAUGAGAGGGCCAGUGAGGCUUGUGCCAACCAGUCGGCCACCGUGGCCACCUACAGCCAGCUCCUCUACGCACAGAAGGCCAGGUACCACUUGUGCUCUGCUGGCUGGCUGGAUGGAGGCAGGGUGGGAUACCCCACCGCCUUCUCCUCCCCRAACUGCGGCUCCGGCCACGUCGGCAUCGUGGACUACGGGAGAAGAGCCAACCUGAGCGAAACCUGGGACGUUUUCUGCUACAGGGAGAAAGAGGUGAACUGCASCUGCAAGCCAGGCUACGUGGGGGAUGGCAUCUCCUGCAGUGGGAACCUCCUGCAAGUGCUGAUGUCCUUCCCAACUCUGACAAAGUUCCUGUCGGUGAUCAUGGUUUACUCCAACACCUCAAGGAAGGGGAGAGAGUUCCUGCAGUACCUCACAGACCUGUCAGUGCAAGCCACUCUCUUUGCUCCAAACGACAGUGGCUUAAAGGAAAACGAGACCCUGUCUGGGAGAGACAUCGAGUAUCAUUUAUCUGGGGCCAAUAUAAUGUUUUAUGAGGACCUGACCAAUGGAACCACCCUCCUGAGCCGUCUGGGGAAAAAACUCCUCAUCACAAACACCGGGGCUCAGGAGCAUCGAGUCCCCACUGCUGAUCAGAGCCAGGUCCGAUACGUGGAUGGAAGUGCUAUUGUUGAGUGGGAUAUCAUUGCUUCCAACGGGAUCAUCCACAUCAUUUCAGAGCCUCUGAAGGCUCCUUCAGAGCACGCUCCUCUCCAUGCCAGCUCGGGGACAGGAAUAUUCUUUGGGAUCUGUCUCGUUGCUGGAAUUGUGGCUCUUAUUGGAUAUUCUUACCUCAGGUGCAGGAAAAAGCACAUUGGCUUCCAGCACUUCAAGUCAAAUGAUGCCACUGACACCACAGCACUGGAGAAGUCAGAGCCUUCAAACAUCACCAACCCCUCCUAUGAAAGUUCUUCUACACUGACUUCACCAGAACAUGCUUAUGAUCUUUUCUCAGAUUCAGAUGACCAACAGCUUGUGAUGAGUGGUCCUCAUGAUCAGAAUUAAAGGCUGAGUUUGGCAUUAGUCACCUAAUAAGCACACUUUUAUUUACACUUUCUGUGGAGUAAAAGGAGCCCCUACUUACAGGGAAUAAAAUCUUGUUACAAAUUGCAAACCAAAGAGCACAGCUUUUUUUAAAGUUGCCUUCUGUAACGCUCACAGAGAUGCCAACCUACAAGUGCUAAAUGCAAAAUUGAGUCUCAACCAAGCAACCCAGAGGCAAGCAGACCCCUCUCUGGGAAAAGCAGAUGCCUUUCACCAGCUUGCUAUUUUAACUGCUCUUAUUCUUCUUCACAGACUUUAAAAUGGCCACAGCAGGGCUGCUAACUCGGCAAAUAUUCUAAAUUUUCUAUUACUCCAGGUCUCUGCUUUCAUUUUGGCUCAGUUACAACCGGAACAGGCAAGUGUGAAACAGAACAUGUGGCAAUCUCUAUUUUUAAA